AAACCCAUCAGCAAACACAAGUUUAUUUGAAGAAACACAUUUUUGCUUGAAAAUGGUUCUUCGGACCGAGCAUUACCCAGGUGGUUACAACCAGAACAGCUAUUUGUCAUACGAAGGGCCGUAUGGCAGUUACAGCAACUACCAAGGGGUGACCGAGCAGACAACCCCAUACCCAGGUUAUCCUCAAAUAAUCUCAAAUUACCAAUCAACCCAUGCUCAUCAACAACAAUCUGGUUGGUCCACCGGUGGUAACUACCAUGCAGAUGGAGGCGGCCACUAUAGUACUAACGGCGGCUUUGGUGCUCCAGUGAUUCCCAUCCUUGGUGGGUAUGGAAAUUCUCACUAUGGGAGUUCAUACACCCAUGGAAGCUCACAUGGUUUUAGCCAUGGGAACCCAAACAGCAAUGGUAAUUAUGGUAGUCCACAUGGCUAUGGAAAUUCUCAUAGCUAUGGGCAUUCACAUGGCUUUGGAAGUGGCCGUGCUAAAAACCUAUUUGACAAGUUGACACAUGGUCACAGCAGCUACGGGCAUACUAGCCCAAACUACGGUCAUCACAGUGCUGGUGGAAUGAAUCAACCAUCUUGGAUUCUCAAGGGACUUGACGAUGAUGAAUGAACAUUUAAGGUUUAAAAACCUUACCAGAAGUUAAAAAAGUGUGUGUGCUUACUAGCUUAAUUAGUGUACUGAUCAAGUUAUCUCUCCUAAAGAGUGUGUGCUUACUACAUAUGUAACAAAUUGAUACAUAAGCAGUAUUAAUGGAUGUGUGGAUGCGUUAUCUAA